AUGGAGCAAGUUCAUGGAGUAGAUGUUAGCUGGAUGACCCACGGCGGCUCACCCAAAGACAGGCCGCCGAAAGCAAUUCCCACACGACGAUCCUCGACCUCUGCCCCGAGGGAGUCAUCGGCGCCUCCUGCCUCUCCGACCACUGUCCCCGGGAAGGCCACCACAGAAGGAACGAAACCAAUACCCGUGUCACGACCUCCACUAGGAAGAAGUGCUUCCAACGAGAAGCCCGGCCCAAACGGCACUCCGCCAUCGCGUCGCAACUCGUGGUUUUCCAACAUCUCAUCAAAGUUCUCUUCUUCGCCCAACGGCAACAACGCCCAGGCAAACCAGCAACCCCAGGGCACGCCCCCAAAAGAUCCAGGUCCGGUCCCUCCGAAGGUGACUCCUGCCAAAAACGCUGUACUCCCUCACGCUGCCAAAAACGACGGUGAUCAGCCAUACACACCGGCGCCUCCCGGGCGCGGCCAGGCCGGCUUUCUCGGGGUCUUUCGCCGGUUGUCUACGUCGGGCGGAGUCUUAGGCCAAGGCACGAGAGGAACCCAUGGUCUGGUAGAAAGAAAGAUUCUGAACGUCGACCGCAACCGCGAACGGUGUCAGAUCUCGGACUUGCACCAAGCGAAGCUGCGGAGGGUCGCAUUUAGCGUCGACGUCGAGAUUGCGCCGAUGCCCAAAUAUGUUGACACAGACAUGGCUGUCAAGAAGCCGCUCGAGAAGUCGAAAACAAGGAGAAUGACGGAGAAAGGGGAGGGCGAGGCCCUUAAGAACCCCAAGUGUCUCGAAGAACAAAAGGAGCGCGAUGGUGUCAUCCAUACAACCGGAGAGCCCGUGCCAAGAGAGCCCGAAGGGGAAGGGGAAGGGGAAGGGGUGGACUCGGGCAAGUCAAAGAAGGACGAUGACGUGAAAGACGCAAAUGCUUCCACCGACAAGGACAAGGACACCAAGAAGAAGGAGAAGAAGAAGAAGAGCGAAGAGGAGAGGAAAGCUAGGAAGGAGAAGAAGAGGAAACAGGCCGAGGCCAACGGUACGAUCCCCAUGGAAAUCCACAUGGACGACAGCGACUCUUCCAGCGAAGGCACUCCGGCCGCGACACCAAAGACAACAGCAUCUCCUACCACAAACCCAGUGAGGAUAUACCGUCGUUGUUGCCAGCUGAGAGAAACGCCCAUCCUAAAAAAGAUCACCGAGCAGCUGAGCAGCCCGACCAACUGCUCCUCCGACAUCGGCAUGGUGCAGAAACUGGAUUUGACGGGGUACUGGAUGCAGUUGGCGGACCUGGUGACGCUAGGCGAUUAUCUGGCCGUCGUCCCCGUUAAAGAGGUUAUCCUGGAGAACUGCGGUCUCACAGAUGAGGGUUUGAGGGUGAUACUCGCCGGUCUUCUGGCUGCCAAGAAACCCGAGUCCAAAAGGAGGAAAAGCACUCAACCUGACGGUCUUACUAUUCAAGGAGGGUUUGUCGAACGCCUCGUUCUCAAAAACAACAAGCUCGGACCUGAAGGCUGGAGGCACAUUUGUCUCUUCACCUACCUCUGCCGCACGCUCAAAUUUCUCGACGUUUCCACCGUUCCAUUCCCUCGCCCAUCCCAGCCGGCACAAAGCGGACACACUCAUCACUUGUUGCGACAUUCUUCUAACGAAGAGCGACCUCAAAACCCCAGCGCGACGUUGUUCUCCAAGGCCAUAGGCGAACGACUGGGUGGCCCAGCGCUGGAAUUACUCAAUCUUGGCGAAACCAACCUGACCUCGGAUGACCUCGGCGUAAUCAUCGACGGCAUUGUUCAGUGUGGCAUCAAACGACUGGGUCUCGCCCAUAACAACAUUGACGAACAGGGUCUCCAGCAUGUUGCAAGAUAUCUUUCACAGAGUGGAUGCGAAGGCCUCGACCUGGGUGGCAAUGAUAUUCGGGAUCAUACCGAUAUCAUUGCCAAUGCAAUCUCAGCAAAGGAUUCUCUGUGGGCACUCAGUCUGGCUGAGUGCAACUUGAAGCCAGGCUCCCUCUGCAAGAUCUUCCCUGCACUUGCGCAACUUAAAGACUUCCGCUUCAUUGACCUUUCUCAUAACCAGGAUCUGUGCAAGUCGGAUCCCAGCGCGAUUGGUCUUCUGCGCAAGUAUUUGCCAAAGCUGGAAGGCUUGCGGCGUGUUCAUCUGGCCGAUGUGGCCAUGACCUCAGAGCAAGCGAUUGCACUGGCUGAGAUUCUUCCCGAAGCGAAGAUGCUUGCACACAUUAGCUUCCUUGAGAACCCAGAGCUCGUCAAGCUUGCAGAUGCCAAGACAGAGGAAGCCCAGGAAGAGGCUUGCGCCUUAUACGCCUCUUUCCUGGCUGCCACGCGUGUUUCCAAGACAAUUGUGUGUGUCGACAUUGAUGUCCCCAGCGACAACUCGGGGGAGAUUGUCAAGGCUCUGGCCAAGCAAGUGGUGGCUUACUGUUUGAGGAACAUGGAACGCUUCCCAAUCGGCGACAUCAGCUCGGUUAUUUCGACAGUCCUGGCGGAGUCUCAGGACUCAUUGCCAGGUGGUCCCAUCCCACCUUACCCCGAUGUGCUCGCCCAUCUUGUCGGCCACGACGUCCUCCACGACGACUCGGACAACGAAUCCGCUCCGGAUGACGACUAUGUUAUCGGUGGCACAGGCGUUGUCAAGGCUCUCACCUGUUGUCUCAAGAACAGAGGCGACGAAUCAAGAAGGCAAUCGGGCGAGUUUAUCAGAGACUUCGAAGAUGGUGUCUCGGUGCCUGCCGGCCCGAAGCCGAAGCUCCCUCCAGGAAAGGCCAAGGACAUGUCGAAGCACCUGCUCGCUAGUGCGCGCAAGAUUCGCCUGCGGUUGCAGCCUGCAUUGUCCAAGGCCAGAGUCAAUCCUGAGGAGGAUGAGCACAACCUGCGCAAGUUGAUGUUCCUUGAUGCCACCCUUGCCAACAUCAUCAAGCGCUUCGAGGAUGAGUUCCCCGACACUCGUGUGUCUACCGACGAAGCAUCCGAAACUACCCUUCCUAGCCAGAGCGAUCAGCUCGGAACAUCGUUGUCAUCAACAGAAGAUCCUGAUCACCACAGUAUCCCGUCCGAUCCCGAAGAUGAGACUGCCUUUUCGGUCCGUCCUGGUCUGCCGCGCACCAACUCCACGUUGUCUCAUACGUCCAAGGCCCUCGCCGAGGAGGAGGGUAGAAUACACAGGGCUGGUCACAAGAUCCGCUCUGGCAUUAUUAAGCCCGAAUACUACGGGCUACUUAGUGGCGUGCUUGAGGUUGGCCUUGACCCGAAGCACACGGCCAUGCUCCACCAGAUGAUCGAAGAGAUCGAUGACCCUGAAUUGAUCCAAAAGGUUGAGGAGAAGGGCAUCAUGCGCGUCUUUAACGAGGACCGGGAUCAAAUUCGCGAAGGACUCCGUGCGCUCGAUCCCAGCCACUGGGACCGAUUCGUCGAAAGUCAGGAGAAGGCCAGAGGCAACGUCAAGGCCGGCAUGGCCAACGUUGUCAAGGCAGCCGAUGAGGAUGCCAUUGAGGAUUGA